AUGUCGGUAUGGAUCGUGGUUGCUGUUACCAUUGAGAGGUAUGUUGUCGUGUACUACCCAUUGAGAGCUAAGAGACUUUGUAAGGUGUCACGAGCGAGAAAAAUAAUUGGCGGGUUAUUGUGUCUGUCUCUUGCAUUGAGUUCUCAGUUUGUAUGGACGGUUGGUUUAAGAGAAAAAGUAUCCGGGUCCUACACCUUCCCAGUGUGUGGCGCAAUUGCAGGCUCUAAUGUCCUCAUCGCUGAAGUAUGGCCAUGGUUGGAUGCUCUCAUAUACUGCUUAGUUCCAUUCAGUAUCAUCAGCAUCUUCAAUGUCCUCAUCAUUUGCAAAGUCGGAAGAUCGACAAUUGAACAGAGGGAACUUAAUGACAGUUGGGAGUUGCAGAAAAUGCUUUCCGGAGAUAAAGGCACCCGUUUAACAAUUAUGCUGUUGACCGUAUCCUUCACUUUUCUGAUCACCAAACUCCCUGUGAACAUAUGCCUUAUAGCAUCGCCUAUCCUGAACAACAUGGGGCUUAAUAAACAGUCAAUGGUCAAAGUCAAGUUGGCUGCUACGGUUUCAGAGUUGCUGAUGUACUUUAACCAUUCCAUCAACUUUUUCCUAUACUGUGCUUCUGGACAGAGAUUUCGAAAGGAUUUUCUGAUUAGGUUUUGUAGAAGAAGAAAGCAGUCCUUUUCUGCUCGAGAGCAGAUUAGCCUUACAACACUUUAUCCCCGUAUGCAGCAUGGGGGUGUAGGCACAUCGGAGCUUAUGUAG